AAUAUAUCUGUUUUGAGGUGCAUGUUUCGCACUUUAUCUUUCUAUGUGAGAAAUUGGUUGCCUAUUUCUCAAAAUGGUUGCCACUGUCACAGGUAAUCGGGCGUUCCUGUCUGAGGAAGCCACGAGACAUAAAUAUAUUUUAUCGUUGUGUGUCGCAGAGGUCUCCAUCACCUCGAGGGUCGGGUCCCAUCGACCACAACCUUGUCAUCACCGUGGGCAACGAGCUGACUGGACCAUCUGGCUCCGCCCCUUCACGCCAUCAUGACAGAGACUACCCUCCUCGACCCGAGUACGAGCGGAGCCGGAGCCGACCUCGCAGCCGACCUCGCAGCCGCAGUCCCGACCGCAGCCGGGCCAAGAAUCAGGGACGGAGCAAGAGUCAGGUGAGGAGCAAGAGCCGGCCCCGCAGCCAGAGCCGCAGUCCGGACCGGAGCCGGGCCAAGAGCCGGGGCUGGAGCCGGAGCAAGAGCCGCAGUCCGGUCCGGAGCCGGGCCAAGAGCCGGGGUCGGAGCCGGAGUAAGAGCCGCAGUCCGGACUGGAGCCGGGCCCAGAGCAGGGCCAAGAGCCGCAGUCCGGAUCAGAGCCAGGCCAAGAGCCGGGGCAGGAGCAAGAGCCGUCCCCGCAGCAGGUCUAGAUCUCGGUCCAGAGGGCGGAGCCACGGACGCAGUAAGAGCAGACAGAGGAGUCGCAGUGCGAGUAGCAGCAGCUCGAGCUCGAGCAGCAGAGACGACAGUGAUGACAAGUCAGGAAAAGGCUUCAAAGAGCUGGAGACGGCUCGACGCAGGAAGGAGCUGGAGGAGAUGCUGAGUCUGCCGACAAAAUCCAUCCUGAAGAAACGCAACGGCUCCGAGGACUCGCCGUCACUCAGGACCACCGACUCCCCCCGAGGUCCAGAGGGCUCCAACAUUUCCCGGGUGGCUGACCAGCUGCUGCAGGCUGUGAAGGGCAUGGAGCCUCACAUGGUGGCCUCCAUGCUGUCAGAGCUGCGGUCCGACCCUCAGAUGGCUCACCGCACCGGCCUUGACGCCGAGAUCAAAGAGAUCCUCAAUCUCCUGGGGGGACCGGCGGGGGCCAAGCCUCAGGAGAAGGCGGACGACAUCGACGACGAGGAGAAGUUCCUGUACGGAGACUCGGAGGAGCCCAAACCUCCGCUGACGUCCGAGCCAAUCCGACACCACGGACUGGAUCUGUACGGAGACGUGACGGAGGAGGCUCUGUACGGAGACUACCCCCAACAGAAACACGUCAUCGCUCAGACAUACGGCCUUCCGCCGGGGGCCUCGCCUCACCUUCAGGCCCCUCCCACUACGGGGGAGGUGGAUGUGAGGUACGCGAGCCAGCCCUCCAUCAGCCCCGACCGCAACAUCACGGUCCAGGUGCUGAACUCUGCUUUACUGCCGGGGAUGGAGCCGCUGGAGGAGGGCGAGCGCCAGGCACUGGAGGAGUACGAGAAGAUCCAGGACUUGCUGAAGACCAUUGGUCUGGACUUGGGCGUGACCGAGAUCAGCAAGAUGGCCGCCAGGACCAAAGAGCGUCUCCACGGAAACAAGCCGCCUCCAAAGACGCCCACGCGCAGCAGGCGGUACUCCUCCGGCAGUUCGGACGGCAGCCGGGGCCGCAGGAGGCGGAGCCGCAGCAGUAGCUCCAGCAGCAGCAGCCGGAGUCGCAGCCGCGGGCGGGGGGGCAGCUGGAGCAGUGGUGGUGGCGGCAGGAAGAGCUCAGCGCCGCCCAAAUCUCACAAAGACGUCAAAGAGUCGAUCGCCGGGCCAAGCGUUGCAGCGCCGCCGCCACACAAAGAGCUGGUGCCACAAACCCCCGACGCCAACGUCCUGCCUGCUCACCCCGGUGUCCCCAUACCUCCCUACCCCCCCUCACAGGUCCACGGCAUGAUGCCCCCCAACUUCCCCCCGCCGGGUUACAGCCAGUACGGAAACUACCUUCCCUACAUGCACCAGCAGUGGCCGCCAAUGUACCCGCCCCCCAACAUGGCCCUGCCCCCCCAAACCGGCCCAGAUGAGUUCACCCCCACUCUACCCUACAAACACCCCUACAACAAACUGGCCCCAGAGCCGGGGGCCAAAGGUUCGGUGAAGAAUUCUGCUCCGGUCGGUGAGAAGGGAAAAGUCAGCAGAGUGUCUGAAGAGCAGAACAACGAGAGCCAGAAACAAAAGGUUCUGGAGGAGAGAGAGAAGCUGAAGCAGGAGAGAGAUGUCCGGAUGAAGAAGAAAGAGUAUCUGAUGAAGGAGCUGGAGAGGCUCAGGAAGCAACAAGGGGAGCUCCUGAGGAAGAAGCGGCGGGAGAAGGGCGGCCACAAAGACCCUCUGCUGCAGGAGAUCAGCCACCUGCAGGAGGAGGUCAUGGCUCAGAUCUCCAACCUGCGGAAAGAGCAUGAGGCCGCUGAGAAGAAACGCAACGAGAUCGAGAAGAUAGCGCUCAUCCUCGGCCUGAUCCCAUCCGACCGGCCCCGCAGGACCGUCAAACCGCCGGAGGACGAGGAGGACGAGUCGCCGCCAGAGAAGAAGAAAUGUGAGGCGCAGAGCAGUCCUGAGGGCCCGCCGGCCGCCAGCAGCUCCACCAUAAAGACCUCAGCGGCGGCGGUGCUGUCGUCGAGAGCGUCUCCGGACGAGCCGUCAGCCGACGCCCCUCCGACUCCGCCCCCGGAGCCGUUUGAAUACUACGACGCUGGAAACCACUGGUGCAAAAACUGUAACGUCACCUCUGGUUCCAUGUUUGAUUAUUUCACACACUUGCACAGCAAAACGCACCGAAAGGUUUGUUUUUAAUGUCUUCCACCUUUUGUAGUCGACGUCUAUCUAGAAUCACUUUGAUUAUUGAUCAGUAAAUAUUGAUAGAAGUCCAGCUGAUGUUCCAACAAUUUAACUCUAGACUAACCUUCUGUUUCUACUGUGAUAAAGUUAACUCCAGCUUGUUCUAGGCUACUUUUACUGUGAAACUCUUGAAACGGGAAGCGGUUCCUGUUUAAAUCUAAGCUUCCAGCUGAUUUCUUCUUCUUCUGUUGCUCAUAGGAUCUUUGUCUCUUUGAUCAGAGUUCAGUCAGAACGUCUACCGAACUAAAGAGCGUCUAGUGAACGUCUGUCGAACUAAAGAGCGUCUAGUGAACGUCUGCCGAGCUAAAGAGCGUCUAGUGAACGUCUGCCGAGCUAAA